AUGGCAGUACAAACUCUCUCCAGUCGCAUCCUAGCUUCAAUGAAAACGCUCAACGUUCCCAACUUGGAAGGAAAGGUGGCCAUCGUCACCGGCGGAAACCGUGGAAUCGGUUUCCAAUUGGCGCAGCAGCUUGCGAAAUAUGGAGCCAAAGUGUACCUCGCCGCUCGCUCUGAGGCAGCGGCGAAGGAGGCUAUCGAACAGAUCGAGCAUGAAACCCCAGAGCUUCAACGGCUCGGAGACAAGAACCGGAUAGAGUUCUUGCACCUUGAUUUAUCGACCCUCAAAGGUAGCAAGGCCGCAGCCGAGACUUUCCUCAAGCUCGAGAAACGACUUGACGUUCUGAGUAUGAUAUUUCCAUUACUCUUACCAUGCCGUUAUGCUACAACCUCUGAUGGCAUAGAGUCCACCAUGGCAGUAAAUCACUUCGGGACAUUCGUAUUCACCCAGACAUUAUUUGAUCUCCUUGUAUCGACAGCCAAGGAAUCGGAUGUCAGAGUUGUGAAUGUGAAUGUCAUCCUUCUCCACGCUCAAGCACCCGCUGGAGGGCAAUUCUCGACUCUCGACGAAAUUAACUCCCCGCUGACCUCGGCUGCAUCUGCUCCUGAUGGUCUCAUAUCCAACCAUCUUCGAUACUCCCGAAGCAAGUUGGCGAACAUGCUCUAUACUAUACAGCUGCAGAAAGAGUUCAAAGCCGUUGGCUCCAACGCACUCGCUAUCUCCGUCAAUCCAGGAGGGGUCGCAACGGACGGAGCGUUGGCUACCUCAUCCAUGUAUCCCUUCCUCAGCGCUUUGGUUCGAUUCGUGUUCUCUACGUUCUGGAAAUCACCUCUAGAGGGCGCAACUACGGCUCUCUACGCUGCUACAUCAGCCGAAGUUCGGGCGAAUGCAGGACUAUUUGGUGGGGCGUACGUCGUCCCUUAUGGACAGAUCGGGAAGGCCACCAAGGACGGCCAAGAUGGUGAUUUAGCGAAAACGUUGUGGGACGUCACGGGGAGUAUAGCCAAUGCAACCUUGGCGAUGACAGAGUGA